AUGUUAACACUCGCUCUACUUUUGUUUCCAGCAGCAAUAUUCGGUGAUGCGGAUGAAUCGCUAACCUUAACUGUAGAACUUCCACAUCAGAUAACUGAUACUCCACUGCAGGAAAAUGAGCAAUGGAUCCAUUUGGAAGCAGAACCGAAUACUAAAAAUGAAUGCAAUUUUGGAAGUUACGUAUGCCGAAUGGCCUGUAUAAACGGCGGUAUAUGUUAUAAAAAUGAUUCCAAUAAUCUUCGAUUUUUCCUUGUUGGAGACAUUGGAGGUUUGCCUAUUUAUCCAUAUACCACGUAUGCACAAAAUUUAAUUGCAAAGACAAUGGCAAAAAUUGGUGACGAAAAAAAUAUCCAAUUUACUAUUUCGACUGGUGAUAAUAUUUAUUUCACGGGAGUGAAAAAUGAAUUCGACCGGCGAUUCCAUCAAACAUUCGAAGAUGUCUACAAAGGAGAAGCGUUACAGAAGCCGUGGUACUUAAUUGCCGGCAAUCAUGAUCAUUUUGGUAACAUAUCGGGACAGAUUGCUUAUACAAAUCGAAGUCAACGAUGGACAUAUCCGGCGAGCUAUUAUAAAAUAUCUUACGCAUUCGGGAAGAAUGCCACGCUGGUUGAAUUUUUGAUGAUUGAUACCAUUUUGCUUUGUGGUAACACACGAGAUGUUAUAGAAGGUGGCUUCCUUGAUAUGAUUCUUGCAACUGUUGACAAAAAUCCAAAUACACCGAAAGAUCCAGUAGCGGCACAGGCAGAGCUAGACUGGAUCGAACAGCAGCUGAAUAUUUCGAGAGCUGAUUAUUUGUUUGUUGUUGGCCAUUAUCCAGUUUAUUCCAUAUCUGAGCAUGGUUCAAUGAAUUGCUUGAUUGAAAAACUAAAACCACUUCUGGAAAAAUAUCACGCUACAGCGUACGUUGCUGGGCAUGAUCACACGCUUCAACACAUUAUCACGAAACACUCGUUAUCCUCAGAAAAUGAGAAAAAAAUUCCGCUUCAUUACAUUGUUAGUGGUGCUGCAUCCCGAUCAGACCAUUCAGUUAAACACAUCGACACAGUACCGGAAGGAUCAUUACGUUUCAACUGUCCAACCGGAUUCAAUCCAUUCUCACAACUUGGUUUAUCUAAUGGUGGCUUCAUCUAUGUGAACAUGGACAAAGAGAAGGCUAUCCUUACAUUUUAUAAUGGUAAAGGUGAUGAAAAAUAUUCCUAUAACGUGUUACCUCGAGGAAAGUUCACGAUGAGCAAGGCGAAGAAAUGA